AUGUCCGCCCUCCUCCGGACAGCUCAGCGCCGCCGCCUGCAGCCAAUGGCGCGCCGCCAUGUGGCAGCCGCCGCCGCCCUCCGCCUCCGGCCCGUCGGGCCCGGAUCCGGCCCCCGCGCGGGCCCGAGCCGCCGCCGCCGCCCCGAGACGCUCGCCUCCCCGCGCGCCCGCUCCUCCCUCCGCCGGUCGCCGCCGCCGGCGCCGCCGCCCGGCCACGCCUCACCUCCGCCGUGCCGCGCCCCGCCGCCGCCGGUCGCCGCCGCCGCCUCUUUCCCGCGCGUCCGGCCUCCUCCCGCGGCCCCCACCUGCUCCACCUCUCCGGCCCGACGCCGUCGAGGUCCCCGCCGCGCCGCCCGACCUUCCCGCCGCCGGCGCCCUCCUCUUCUUCGAGCUCGAGGUCCAGCCGCGCCGGAUCCCGAUCGGGUCAACACCCCGCGUUGA